AGGACGAUUAGUUUUGGUUGAUCUUUCUUGUUGUAAUGCAUUUUACCAUUACACAUUCCUUUUGCUUUUCUUGUUUUAACAAAACUAGUUAAAUCAUAGUAGAUCAGCAAACGGGGAACGAACGGCUUCGGAUUCGUUCAUUGAUUUUUUCCGUUGUUGUGCACCUAUGCAAAUCGGCAUUUACUUAGAAAUAUGAUCCAAUCACACGUUUACUUAACAUGUCUAUAACUGUAAGAUUGUGGGUGCGUAUUUACGACUUACCGAUGCGUAUACUAAGCGGUCCAAACAUGUCUUUUGCAACACAACAUUGGAAUAGAACGGUUAGAAAAAAAAAGAAACAAAAAAACAAAAACUUACGUUACAUAUACUCACGUACUUACCACCUGCCACGGGUAAUCAUUUCGCAGUAUUUUGCAAACUAAGUUACAGGGUUCAUUACUUACCAAUACAUCACAGUGUCGUGUGACGAGAAAUGUACUAUUGUUUUGCCCUUAGACUCCAACUCACCUUCGGUUCAUAAAUUUUCGAAGAAUUUCUUUGCGAAGAGUGUACAAUGGAAACUACAAAAUAUAAUCAAAAUUUAUGUAUGAUUUCAGUUAGAAUACUUUUAAAAUUAUGGAUGUUUGGAGUACUUUUGUCCACUUAAUACCUAUCAAGCGAUGGUGUUCAUAUUUUGCAUGUAAGAUCGAUUUGCACGGCACCAUGAGUAUGGGGAUCACUGCUACCGAUCAUCUUAGGCCAUUGCAGUGUACAAUUGAAAGUGAGAAACAGUCGUUGGAAUGAUCUAGCUCAGUACAAAACAUUGCCAAAUGAUCGGACAAGUACAGAGGGAGAAACGGGGUGGAAAAAUUAAAAAGAAACCCAUAACCACCAUACCAGCUUAUCAUUACCGCCUUCCUUGCUCAGGUUUAGGCUAACAUUGCAUUUACAAAACAGCAUGACUAGGGCAAUGAAAAGAAGAAGGAUUCCUGUAGUGACUUGACGUUACUGAUGGCGCAGAAACUUGGUAUAUGGUAUUCAUUUUCAUUCCAUUCCUUCCGAUGGUAAAAUGGGAAGCUCUUUCAAACAGAUAGCAAUCAGACACCUCAUUAAACUAACUCAUCAAUGUGAGACAAAUAUUGUUCUUAAGUGCCUUCCAGCCAAAUAAGUAUAACUAACAGAAUGAACCUCUGACGAAAAACCUACAGAAGAAGCGACACAUUCGAAACACAAAAACAAACUCAAUUCGAACGAUUGGUUUAAAAUUACAAUAACAGUCCCGCCCCUGAAAUGUUUAUGUUCACUGGCAAUCCUAGGACAUUGCGGAUGUGUUCCUACACCGGUCGCACUAAGAUAUUGACGAAGGCAAAAGGAAUAAAGAAUCUUUCAUUGUUAA